AUGGGUUGUUUCCCUUGUUUCGAUUCGAAGGAGGAAGAGAAGCUGAAUAAUCCAGUGAAUGAAAUUGAUGACCGGAAGCAGGGUCAACCAACGGUCUCUUCUAACAUUUCCAGAUUGCCUUCUGGAGCAGACAGAAUGAGAUCAAGAAGCAAUGGAGGCUCCAGAAGGGACCUGGGGUCUAAAUUGCCUGAUCUCAAGGAUGUACCUGGGGUUCAAAUUGCUGCUCAGAUUUUCACUUUUCGUGAACUUGUGACUGCAACAAAGAAUUUCAGGCCAGAGUCUUUCAUAGGGGAAGGAGGAUUUGGGCGUGUGUACAAGGGGCGACUUGAGAGUAGUGGUCAGGUGGUUGCUGUUAAGCAGUUGGAUAGGAAUGGACUUCAGGGUAACAGAGAAUUUCUGGUUGAGGUUCUCAUGCUCAGUCUUCUGCAUCACCCCAACCUGGUGAAUCUGAUUGGGUACUGUGCUGAUGGAGAUCAGCGGCUUCUUGUUUAUGAAUUUAUGCCCUUAGGAUCAUUGGAAGAUCACCUUCAUGAUCUUCCACCUGAUAGGGAACCAUUGGACUGGAACACAAGAAUGAAAAUAGCUUCUGGUGCAGCCAAAGGAUUGGAAUACCUGCAUGACAAGGCAAACCCUCCAGUUAUUUACAGGGACUUCAAAUCAUCCAACAUAUUGCUGGAAGAAGGAUUUCACCCAAAGCUUUCAGAUUUUGGGCUUGCAAAGCUUGGUCCCACCGAAGACAAGUCACAUGUGUCGACCAGGGUGAUGGGCACUUAUGGUUAUUGUGCUCCCGAGUAUGCAAUGACUGGACAAUUGACAGUAAAGUCUGACGUCUACAGUUUUGGGGUAGUCUUUCUGGAGCUGAUUACUGGACGUAAGUCCAUUGAUAGCAACCGGCCCCAUGGAGAACAGAACCUUAUCACAUGGGCACGUCCGUUGUUCAAUGAUCGAAGGAAGUUUUCAAAAUUGGCAGAUCCAAGACUGCAGGGUCGGUAUCCAAUGCGGGGUCUCUACCAAGCUCUAGCUGUGGCAUCCAUGUGCAUCCAGGAACAGGCUGCCACACGGCCUCUCAUUGGGGAUGUGGUCACUGCUCUGUCUUACCUAGCCAACCAGUCAUAUGACCCUAACAUGGCUUCAGGGCAUGGCCACAGAGGAUCUGGAGAAAAGGAUGAGAGAAGACACAGAGAUGAGAGAGGUGGAAGGAUAUUGAAGAAUGAGGAAGGGGGAGGAUCUGGACGCAGAUGGGAUUUAGAUGGUUCUGAGAAGGACGAUUCCCCGAAGGAAACCGCGAGGAUGCUAAACCGGGAUUUGGAUAGAGAACGAGCUGUUGCUGAGGCCAAGAUGUGGGGAGAGAAUUGGCGAGAGAAAAGACGACAGAGUGCACAAGGCAGUUUUGAUGGCACUAAUUUGUAG